AUGGAAGUUGAUAUGGAAAGAAACCAGGGCUACAACCUGCCAUGGGUUGAAAAGUACCGCCCGACGUUUAUGUCCGAUAUUGCUGGAAAUAAAGAAACCGUAGAGAGACUCGCCGUUUUUGCGAAAGAAGGAAAUUUGCCAAAUAUUAUCAUUGCAGGACCUCCUGGAUGUGGAAAAACAACGUCAAUAUUGUGCCUUGCUCGGACAAUGCUUGGCGACAAUUUUAAUGAUGCUGUUCUCGAGUUGAACGCUUCAAAUGAUCGAGGAAUCGACGUUGUAAGAAACAAAAUUAAAAUGUUCGCGCAGAAAAAAUGCACUCUUCCGCCGGGAAAGCAUAAAAUCAUCAUCCUGGAUGAGGCUGACUCAAUGACAGAAGGAGCUCAGCAAGCUCUUCGGCGAACAAUGGAGAUUUACUCGAAGACGACGAGAUUCGCCCUCGCCUGCAACAAUUCGGAAAAGAUAAUUGAGCCGAUUCAAUCGCGAUGCGCUGUGCUCCGCUACUCGAAGCUUUCAGAUGUGCAAGUGCUUACAAGAAUCACUGAAGUCAUCAAACACGAGAAUGUCGAUCAUGAUCAAAAGGGGCUCGAAGCAAUUUUAUUCACAGCACAGGGCGACAUGCGUCAAGCACUCAACAAUCUUCAAGCGACUCACUCCGGCAUGGGCGUCGUCAACUCAGAAAAUGUUUUCAAAGUCUGCGACGAGCCACAUCCUCUGAUGGUUUCGAAAAUGCUCGAUUUUUGCCUGGAAAGAAAAACCAAUGAAGCGACAGGCAUCAUCAGACAGCUCUAUAAUUACGGCUAUGCGCCAGAAGAUAUCAUCACCACAGUAUUCAGGGUCUCCAAAACCCACAAAAGUCCAGAACUGAUCAAACUUGAGUGGAUCAAACAAAUCGGGCUCUCCCAUAUGCGAAUUAUAGAAGGCACCACCUCGCUCACUCAGCUCAUCGGGCUCGUCUCCAAGUUGAUCCUCAUCUGCGAGAAGGCGAAGAAAUAG